AUUGUUACCAAUAAACUCCAGCGCGGUGAUACAACGUCGCAAACACACCAGCCUUCACCUUGGAGCAACAAAUCCGCAUUUCCACGCUUUGUAUCACAACCUCGUCAUCCUUGGUGUUACUUAGCUCAAGGUCAACGCUUCAACAUGGCCACCGCACCGAUCAUCACCUUCAAAGCUGGUCAAUGUGAUCUCGACACCUCCUCCAAACCAUUCAAGGUCAAGCCACAAGCUCAGCCCGGCUACAUCUACCUAUACUCUGAAGAUGACCUCAUCCACUUCUGCUGGCGGAGACGCGAUGCGCCCCUCACCGAUCCAGAGCUAGACCUUGUCAUGGUCCCUACCGAUGGCUCCUUCGUCCCCUACGAGUACAAGACAUCUCCCCAGCCCACCGCGAAGACGAAUGGUCGCAUAUUCGCUCUCAAGUUCGCUUCCUCCUCGCAACGCCACCUCUUCUGGUUGCAAUCGAAGCCCCAGAGCCAGAAUGGGGAUGAGAGCUGGUUCAGCCCUCGAGACCGCAAGAUUGGUGAGAUUGUCAACUCAUUACUGCAGGGUGAAGAGGUGGACGUCACACGGGAGCUGGCCAACGUGCGACGGUCAAACAACCAACCUGACGACGAUGACGACGACGAGGAUAUGGAAGAUGCUGAACCGUCUCUUGGGCCCCGUGGCAGCGUAGGCGGUGGUGCGGGCGCGGACGCCACAGGCGGUGAUGUGCGCGAAGAGGGCGAGAGCUCAAGAGAGGGAGGAGCCGAUGGAGCACGAGCGGGUCCGGCUGGAAACUCGGAUGCUUCUGAGGCCGUGAGGAAUCUUUUGAGCUCCCUCGCGGGGCAGCCAGGACUGUCCGGCAGUCAGAGUCAGACACAGGACAAGCCGUAUCCUCAUUUGAGCCACCUCUUACCGACAUCCACCACUGUGCCAAUGGUCGACUACAUCGCAUCGAAUAAUCCCGCCCGCCUGGACACCUUUCUCGGCUUCCUCCCGCCGUCUGUGCUGGUCCUCUCGGGACCCAACCCAGAGGCGUUCAGCGGCAAAGACGAACCGGCUGCUGCUGAGGUCGAGAAGGCAAAAGCAGCAAUGUCCCUCGAGGACAAGAAGGCGCUUCUGAAGAAAGUUCUUCGCAGCCCCCAGUUCUUCCAGGCCUUGGGUGUGCUGAGUCAGGCUCUCAGGGAUGGUGGACUUCCCGGAGUCGCAGAUGCUCUGGGCAUCCGGGUGGAAAAUGGAGGUUAUCUGCCAAACGGGACUAUGCCACUGGGUGGCGGCCAGGCUAUCGAGGCUUUCGUUGAAGGUGUGAAGAAGACAGUUGGAGGGCAGUAGUCAACGACAAUUUGGAUGCCUGCUGUUUUUGAGACCCCUGGAUUGAAAAUGCUUCAACAUACAAGUCAUGCUAGGUCCAUCCACCACAAUGAGUACGCUACAGGGACACACCGAGCUGGGUGAUAAUAAAAUUCAGUUGCUAUUAUUUUUAAGACAUAAAAGUUGCAUGCAUAGUCCAUUCGACCAAGCGCUCCUUGAAGUUAAGAGAUAUCAAUGCUGUCAUAGGGUAGGC